GGGACUGGUGGAAGGUCGGACUGGACUCAACUUUGCCCAGUCUUAUCAUCUUGAAACAAGCAACACAUCCACCCCGUACAUUAUCCAGGCUCUGAACACCUAUUUACCUUUGGUCCAUGUAACUUAUACGUAGGCCGAACGAAUCGACUUCACAAACCUUACAUUACAUUAACGGCUCCUUGCCCACCCUUGUCAUUGCCUACCCUGUCCGUCCUUUCUUGGCCUCAAAAGACCAUUCACUUCCCCCCCCACCUUCCUCGUCCGUCAAAGAGACUCUCCAACGUUCCUCCAACUACCCAUCACUACUCCGUGGCAUCGAGAGGGGGAAAAGAAGGGGAGAAGAACGACAUUUGACAGAUAAUAAGUCGUCCGAUAUACCUAACAUACAGAGGAGACGAGGACAAGCAAACAAAAACGACAAACGCAAGGCAUUACCAUACCCUUACCUUGACACAUAUCGCGAGAAACGACAGAAACAAGGAAUAAAAACAACAACCCCACGAACGAACGACGAUAUGUCGUCUUCUCUCGAGGCUAAAAUAGUCGUUCUCGGCUCCCAGGGCGUCGGCAAAACAUCCCUCGUGACGCGCUUCUGCAAGGGUGCCUUCAACCCAGCCCAAAUCACCUCGACCGUUGGCGCCAGCAUGAUGACCAAGCGCGUUAUCGACACUGAUACCGAUACCGUGGUGCGAUUACAGAUUUGGGAUACUGCUGGCCAAGAACGUUUCCGCUCCAUCUCCCGUCUCUACUACCGCGGCGCCAAUGCCUGCAUCCUAUGCUACUCCAUCACCGACGCCGCCUCCUUCGCCGAGAUGGGCAUGUGGCUAACCGAACUACGGCGCAACCUGCCUCAGGACAUAGUCCUGCACGUCGUCGGCACCAAGGCUGACAUGGUCGCCCGCGACCCUUCCAAGCGAGAAGUGCCCUUUGAGCGCUGCAUCGCCUAUGUAGCCGAAAACCUGAACCCGGGCGUGGGAUCGACGCCACCACCUACGGCCACGCCGUUGGGGAUGCCCGGGGUAGGGGGCUCUUUGAAUUCAAAUAGUGGUGGUGGCUUAGGAGGGUGGGCAGGUACAGGAACAGGAACAGGGGCGACGACGACGACAACGACGACAGGUACUGGGACUACACCAGCAACAACAACCACAGAAAGACCAGAACGAUCAGGUCUAGGAGGGCUAGGAGGGUUAGGGGGAAUCAGACUACGAGGAGGCGAAACCUCCCACCACCAACAACAACAACAACAACGAGAAACCCAAAAUGCCGAAGGAAGCAACACCACAACAACCGGCGGCGGCGGCGGCGGACCUAGACCACGUCUACGCAACCACCAUCACCCCCACCCCCAUGGCUUCCAAAGCACCGAACCUCGCUCCCCCAGCUCCAAACGCAGCUCUGGCUUUUGGGGCCAAGAAGUCGGCUGGGACGCCUGCCAUGAGAUCUCUGCCGAAUCAGGCGAAGGCGUGGAAGAAGUCUUUCGUGUGGUUACUCGCAAACUGGUGGAACAAAAUCGCAGGAUGCAGCAGGCUUUGUUAGCUGCUGCUGCUACACCUGGUGUCUUCACUCCUGGUGUAUUCGGGCCUGGGACUGGUGGAUUUUAUCCUGAUGGUGUGACAGGAGGACUAGUAGGCGGCGGUGGUGCUAGUGGUGCUGGUGCUGGUGCUGGUGGUUACGGAGCUGGUGUUGGCGGUGUUGGGUAUGGUGUUGGAGGGGGAGGUAGUGGUGGUGGUGGUGCGGGGGGGAACGGACUGCCAGGGUACUUCGAUCUGAAUCCCAAUGCGACAAUCAGGGUGGGGAGGGAUAGGAGGAGUUGGUUGUUUAGUCCGGGGAUCUUGUCGACGCCGGGGAUAUUGCUGCCUGGGGGAGGAGGGGAUGGUGUGGGGGUAAACGUGGGAGGGGAGCAGCAGAUGGGUGAUGAUGGUAGGAGAGGUGGGAAGGGAAAGUGCUGUUGACAUCUUUGCUCGCCCCUCCGAGGUCAAGAUUCUGGUGCUUGGUGUCUCUGCUCUGUCUUGAAGGAGAGAAAGAGGAGGAAAAGCGGGAAGAAGAAGAUGGAUGGAUGGAUGGAUGGAUGGACGCAUGCGUGUCUAUCAUGAUGAUACCCAUGAUUUUACGGAAACGACACGGUCUUUUUUCUUUGUGUUAUGCUUAGCCUCAUUUUACUUGCAUCGUUUUCCAUGACCGGCCGUUAGAUACCUGGUCCAUUUGGGCUUUUGAUUUGGCCUAGGAGAGAGAGCAUUGCAAUAACGGAAGGGAAGGGAAGGGAAAGACAAGGGUCAAUUUCAACCGGGGCUUGUCUGUUUGAACUUCAUACUUGCUGAUCGGGUUUGGACCAUGGUUUGGUUUUGUGCCUAGCUUCCUUUUAUGUUUGUUUUCCUCUGUUCUGCAUUGUUUAUGUUUUCCUCAUAUCCUCUACUCAAAGAUUACUAUGUGUGCUUACUUUGCCUCUUACUCGUCUUUUCAUCAUUACUCCUGCUGGACCAGGAAUAACG